AAAAAAUGUAUACAUUUUAUUGAGCGCAUGUAAGUCAAAAUUUAUCAGUAAGAAAGUUACAAAAUAGUUUGAUAGUUUAACAAAAUUGAUAGCAUCUCCCGCCACUAAAAUUCAUUCAAUGGACGAAGCAAUAAAUAAGAUUUUAAAAUUAAAAAAGCAAUAUAACAAGAAUAAGCAGCAACGAUACCAUCCCAUAAAAUAUGAAUACCAUUCUGCCGAGCAAUAUAAGUCAGUACCACACUUCAAUAAAUACCCUACAUCAAGUAAUUGUUUUGUUACAUCUGAACCACAAAAUAUGCAAAGUAUCAUGUCACCAUCAUCACAGAAAUAUGAUAAUGGACAUUUAUUAGAAAAUAGAAAUGUUGAACAUCAUAUGAUUAAGCAAUCAAAUCCAGUAUUAAAUGACAAUAAACCAAAUAAAGAAGUCAGUAAUACGAAAAUACAUGAACUGAAUACACGAUUGAAACAGACCACACAACAAGUUAUCGAUCAAUGUAAACUUAUUAAAGAAUUGAAGAAAAAUCUUGAAGAACAAAAUGGUGUUAUUGAUAACUUAAAGUUUAGAUUAUCUCGUUCGGAGAGUGUUUGUCAUAACAAACAGUUAUUAUUGGAAGCAUAUAAAUCAAAAUUAACAAAUGCAAUUAGCACUAACGAAUUAAAUCAAUCAUUAAAAUCACAAGCGUCCAGACAAUGUAAUAUAAUUACAAAUGAAAUGAGAGUAUUAGAAGACAACCUAAAGGCUAUGAGAGAACGUGAAGGUGAACUAAUGAAACUGGUCAAUCAACUAGGAAAAGAUAAAAAUCGUUUAAUCGAAGAAAUUAAUAAGAAAAAUUCAUUUACAAUGGAAGAAUUACAGAAACAAAUAGAAAAAGCUCUAAGUGAGAGGCAAGAGGAAAUUGCACGACAAAUUCGAAUGAAUACUAAAUUGAACGAUUUAAAUAAUUCGGCCAAUGAACGGUUAAAAAAAUAUGAGAUUGGUAUCGAAGAAUUUUUAUGGAUGGUAGAGGAUCAUUUGUAUCAAAAGUAUGGCGAUCAUGAUCCUGUACGGAAAGCACAUGAAAUGGCAUGUUCUAUACUGCAUUUAACACCUACCGAACUUCGAGAAAUGUUUCAAGACUGUCAUGAAGACUACAAUACCAAAGCUCCGAGAAUGUUGGAUAGUUGGUUGACCGAAUACAGGAAAGUAACAUCAAACUGUGAUGACGAUUUCCCACAAAAAUUAGCUCACUUUUUAUACAACAUUUGUUUUUCUAAUAAAAAUAAUAAUAAUCAAUCUCCAAACACUUCAUCGAAAAGAAAUUAACUUCUAAGAAUCAAAUAAUUGUACUUUCACGUAUAACACGUAA